GCCACACACACACACACACACACCCCCACCACCCCCCAAAUCGACGAGACUCACUUUUCGUCGCCAGAUCUUCAUCUCACCUCGCCAUUUCAACAUCCUCCAUAUCCUCGCUUGUAUUCGACUGACCAAACUCUUCCACCCUCCCCUCUUCGGUUGACGGCGCGGGGAGCGCUCUUCUUCACCAUGUCUAACGACGGACCCGAAGACGGAGACGCCGUCACCUUGCGUGCGAACCAAACCCACCACCAUCACCAAUACCAGCAUUACCAACAUUACCAACACCCAUCCGAUCCUCCCAUCUUGCCCCCGAACCCCCCUGCUGUGCAGCUGCCUGCCGCCUCGCAUCCCACGGACGACGCCCUCUUCCCCUUCCGCCUUUCAGACCUCCGAUUGUUGGCCGAGCCGCGCCCGGGUGACGUCGAGGACGACGUCGAGGACCCCGGCAGGGAAUUGUUGCACCGCGACAACCACGCCGCCGAGACCGACGCCGAGCCCGACGACGCAGCCGAUGAUGCCAAUGCCAUUGCCGCCGCCGAUGCCCGAUCCGACGCCCAAUCCGACCGCCCCUCGCUCGAUGCCACCGAGGCCGGCGUGACCCUCGACCGCGUCGCCGGAAACGACGCCGCAUCCCUUGUUUCAAUCGACGACGCUUCCAUUGCAGGAGGUCAAGCGCCUUCGUUGUGGUCGCUCGAGACCAGCGACUAUGAAAAUGGCUUCCAGGAGAGACACGGGAGGACAUAUCACCCGAUAGAAGAGUACAUUCUCCCCAACGACACUACUGAGCAGUUCCGCCUUGAUAUCCAACAUCUUCUUUGGCUGGCCACCUGGGACGGUCGCCUCUGCAUGUGUCCCAAGAAGGACGGCGCGUCGCGCGUUCUCGACGUCGGCACGGGGACCGGCGUUUGGGCCAUGGCGUACGCCGACGAACACCCAGAAGCAGUUGUCACCGGCGUCGAUAUCAGCCCCAUCCAACCCCAGGUGGUUGCGCCCAACUGCUUCUUUGAGAUAUAUAACGUCGAGAGCGAGUGGCCGUGGAGGAUCCCCCAUGAUUUCGUUUUCAUACGGCACAUGAACACGGCGUUUGCGAGCUGGCGCGACACCAUCGAAAAGGUCUUUAGGAAUCUCGCCCCCGGCGGCUACAUCGAGCUGCAGGACAACACCUUCCCCAUCAUGAGCUACGAGGGCACCAUGCCCCCAAACAGCGCCAUCGCGAGGUGGUCGUCGAUGCUGAUGGAGAGCACCCGCCUCCUCGGGCGGCCCUGCGACGCGCCCUCGCAGUUCAAGCGCCUGCUCGAGGACGCCGGCUUCGAGGGCGUCGUCGAGAUCAAGCGCGUCUGGCCCAUCGGCGAGUGGGCCGCCGGCCGCCGCCACUUCAUCACGGGCUCGCUGUGCCACGACACCUCCAUCGCCGGCCUCGAGCCCUCCACCCUGCGCCUCUUCACCUCCGUCUUUGGCUGGAGCGUCGAGGAGACCAAGGACUUUUGCCGCGAGGUCGAGGCCGAGAUCAGGAGCCAGCGGUACCACGCCUACUUUAACGUAUACUGUGUCUAUGGGAAGAAACCAUACUGGGCUUGAGCUCGGUCCGGAAACGCAGGAGAAGGGAGAGGCCGGCGUUUUGGAAAAGCUUUUUUUUUUUUUUUUGGCAUCGAAAAAAAAGGACAUCAUGAUACCCCUGCAACUUGUUUGUUUCUUUCGCGAUAAUGGGCUGGUGGGAGGCUGCGUCUCGGCGUGGUUUUUGUCUUUUUUCUCUUCUUUUACACUAAAACACCCCCCCAUUUGGUGAAAAGGUAGACGGCAAAACGGUGGUAAACGAAGGUGGAAGAAAAGGAAAACUCGAAAAUCACAGAACCAAAACAACAAGGAGAAGAGGAGAUUUUUUAUUUAUUUAUGUAUCAUCUCCAUCUCGUCUAUAACUCUGAUGCCGUCAGGCAAACGCGCAACCCCUCCCUC